AUGAAGAUUGAGAUCGAGCAGGUUACCUCCGAUAGACAGAAGAGAAUCGACGCACACUCCCACAUAAAGAAGCUCGGGCUUGAUGGGGAUGGGAAGCCGCGAGCAGAGGACGGAGGGUUCAUCGGCCAAGAGGCUGCGCGCGAGGCAGCCGGGAUCGUUGUGGAGCUCAUCAAGCAGAAAAGGCUUGCAGGUCGCUCUGUUCUACUUGCAGGCCCGAGCAGCACUGGGAAAACUGCCAUCUCUCUUGGGAUUGCUCGUGAGCUUGGUGAUUCCGUUCCGUUUGCUCACCUAGUUGCAUCAGAGGUUUUUAGUGCAGAGGUUAAGAAAACAGAGGUUCUCAUGGAGCAUUUUCGUCGGGCUAUUGGACUCCGCAUCAAAGAGGUCAAGGAGGUCUUUGAAGGAGAGGUGGCGAGCAUCAACGCAAUAGAGGCCCCUUCAAACGGCCCUGGGGCGCCAAAGACUAUCAGCCACGUCAAUAUCACCCUUCGCACACGAAAGUCCUCCAGGGAGCUAAAGCUAGACGGAAUUAUUUACCAGCAGCUUGAGGCGCAGAAGAUCCGCGUGGGCGACAUCAUUUACAUAGAAGCCAACUCUGGUCUUGUGAAAAGACUUGGACGUUCUGACAAGUUGGCCUCAGAGACUCAGCUAGAGUCAGAUUCGUAUGUGCCGAUGCCCAAGGGGGAGGUGCAUAGGAAGCGCGAGAUUGUGCAGGAUAUCACCCUCCAUGAUCUAGAUAUUGCUAACGCCAAUCCCAGGGGCGGCCAGGACCUAGUCUCUAUUAUGAAUCAGUUCAACAAGAUAAGGAAGACAGAGAUCACGGACAAGCUGCGCCAAGAGAUAGACAAGGUGGUCUCGCGCUACCUGAAUCAAGGAAUCUGUGAGCUCCAGUCUGGGCUGCUUUUUAUUGACGAGGCGCACCUUCUUGAUUUGGAGUGCUUCUCCUUCCUGAACAAAGCGAUGGAAAGCCCGCUUGCCCCUGUUAUCAUCUUUGCGACUAACCGUGGUAUCUGUGAGAUUCGAGGAAGCGGUGGCGUCAAGAGUCCUCAUGGCCUUCCUCGUGACCUUCUCGAUCGGUUACUUGUCAUCAAAACGCUUCCCUAUCAGCAGGAAGACAUCGCCAAGAUCCUUAAACUUCGUGCAUCCGUUGAGGAGAUACCCUUGACGAGUGCGGCCCUGGAGAGGCUUGCAGAGCUGGGACACAGUUCCAGUCUCCGAUACGCGAUGCAGCUCCUCUUUCCGGCCUUCGUAGUGGCUAAGUUAGAGGCUGCCGGUGGGCUCACAGUCAUAGACAGCGCUGGAGGCGUUGAAGUAGAUUUGAGGCACGUGGAAGAGGUCUCUGAGCUCUUCAUGGACGCAAAGCGUGCUGUACAUAAGAUUCAAACCGAUGCAACUGGAUACCUCAAGUGA